GACCUAGCCAAUGACAUCACUCCCUACCGCAACAGGACAGACGUAAGUUUUUGUGUGACAACAACAGUCCUGAGCAAAAAAGCGAUUUUAAAAAAAGAAAGACAAAGGUCUUUGAUUACAUCCCGGACUUCAGUUGUAACGAUUCGGUUGGCGGCUAGAAAAAAGUUAGAAACUACAAUCAACUCAACAGCUGAGUCCGGUAAUUUGGAAACUAUUACAAAUUCAUACAGUUUCUUAUGUGAUUGGGGAUCUUUAACACUGUGGCCAUUGUAAGCUGCUCUAGAGUGUGAGCCUGCCAUACACACUGAGUCGUGCUUUGAAUAGUCCUGUUCUAAUCGGCAGAGGAAGCUCAAUAAUGAAACCACACUUACUUUACCAGCAGCUGAAGCUGUCAGCUGUCCCAGACGAGACGGAAAUUCACCACAACACACAAGCCCUGAAGUAUUACAGAUGUAUCCUGCUGACCGCCGGCCUGGUCACUGUCCUGCUGGCCGUGAUGUUUGUCCAGCUGCUGCUCUUCCCUCUGCUCCUUCCCCCUCUGAACCGCGCAGAAGACACGCUGCUGCGACAGGAGGGCGGCUCCUGCAGUGACCCCUGCAGGAUAGUGCUGGUGGAGAGCAUCCCAGAAGGGCUGGUCUUCAACUCCAGCACCUCCAACCCUUCCAUCUACCAGGCCUGGAUGAACCUGAUUGGAGAGGCCCGGAGCAGCGUGGACAUCGCCUCUUUCUAUUGGACGAUGACCAACGAGGACACAGGGACCAAAGAGCAGGCGGCCUGGCAGGGGGAGAGGAUCCUGAAAGAGCUAGUGAAGUUGCCUGGGAAGGGGGUCUCGGUGCGGGUUGCUGUCAACACCCCGCAGGGCUCUCAGCCUCAGAGUGACCUGCAGGCUCUGCUGGAUGGGGGUGCUGUCGUUCGUAAAGUGAACCUGCCCAAGCUGACGAACGGCGUCUUGCACACCAAGUUCUGGGUGGUGGACAAGAAACACAUCUUCAUCGGGAGCGCCAACAUGGACUGGAGAUCGCUGACGCAGGUAAAGGAAUUGGGUGCAGCUGUGUACAACUGCAGUUGCCUGGCUCAGGACUUGGGGAAGAUCUUUGAAGUCUAUUGGUUCCUGGGGCAGCCUGAUGCCACUGUCCCCUCUCAUUGGCCCAGUAACUACUCCACCCCCUUCAACAAGGACACGCCCCUCGAAUUGCCUCUUAAUGGGACCUCGUCCACGGUUUACCUUUCGAGCGCCCCUCCAGCACUGUGUCCAGAAGGAAGGACCCAGGACCUGCAAUCCAUUCUCAGUGUCAUCGAGGACGCGCGGGACUUUGUGGACAUCGCUGUCAUGAACUACCUUCCCACCAUGGAGUACUCGCACCCCAAAAGGUACUGGGCUGCCAUCGACAGUGAGCUGCGUCGGGCUGCGUACGAGAGGCGUGUGCGCGUGCGUCUGCUCAUCAGCUGCUGGCCUCACUCUAAGCCCACCAUGUUCCCCUUCCUGCGCUCGCUGGCUGCCAUCAACGACCGCAAGAGCCAGCUGGACAUCCAAGUGAAGCUGUUCGUGGUCCCCUCCACUCAGGCCCAAGCCCAGAUCCCCUUUGCCAGAGUCAACCACAACAAGUACAUGGUGACUGACAAGGUGGCUUAUAUCGGCACAUCUAACUGGUCUGGGGAUUAUUUCCUGCACACUGCGGGCUCGGCGCUGGUGGUGAAUCAGACAGCGUCUCAAUCCAGCGAGCCCACAGUGCAGGAGCAGCUGCAGGCCGUGUUUCAGAGGGACUGGGAGUCCGUCUACAGCACUCAGCUCAACCAGGACACCGACAUCAGCGACAUCUGCGCAGUGAAGUGAGAGCCGAGAGGAACACGGAUUCACUGCCCAGAGCACUGGAGAAGCAGCCUACCUCCCCAGGGAAAGAAAAUUCUAAAUCAAAAAUAGAACACGCAAUAAUAUAGUGCCUUUCAUUCACUUACCAGCAGUGUGCUGGGGUCAAACAUUUUGCACUGAAACACUGCAUACAACAGACAUGUGUAUGUAGGUAUAUAUAUAUAUAUAUAUAUAUAUAUAUAUAUAUAUAUAUAUAUAUAUAUAUAUAUAUAUAUAUAAAGAAAAGUCAUUGCUAAACUGGAAACUCAGUGUUUUAAUAAUUGGUUACAGUUUUUCAGCUUCUGUCUUCUUCAGAUGGCAUGGUAGAAAUAGCCAGGUAGACUAGGUAGGUGAGUGUACUUUGCUUUUUGUACCAUGCUAUCUGAAGAAGGCGGAAGCCGAAGGAUUGUAGCUAAUUAUUAUCCUGAUGAUUUGGAUCCUGAUUUUAUAUAUAUAUAUAUAUAUAUAUAUAUAUAUAUAUAUAUAUAUAUAUAUAUAUAAUUUUUAAGCCUGUCAUAAUUGCUUUUUGAAAUUUCACUUGGUGUUUAACCCUAAUGAGUAAAUGAAAUAAUUAUUAUUAUUAUUUUUUUUUUUUUUUUUGAUAUCGGUGGGACAAGCCUCAAGAUCAAAUGUGGACUCAAGUUUUCGAAUAAUAAAGGCUGCCGUUUGGAAAUAUUUCAGGUAGUGCCUCCUUGUAACUCCGGUAGUGCAAUUUCAUUUUGAAAUAAAAAGGACUUGAGUGA